GUUGGCAAGGCGAUGUCAUGUCAUCUUCUCAAAUGAAAAAUGGCGUGUGUUGUGUUGAGAAAUUAAAAUAAACAUACAUCGUGAUUUAACUUGGAAAAUAGUAAACUUUAAAGUGUUUUUAAUUUUUUAAUUCUACACAUAAAGUAGAGUUAAAGCGUGGUCCGAUGAGUGUAUCGACCGAUGUCUGCCGUGGCUCCCACUAUCCCCGGGGUUGACCCAGCAAAGGAAAUACAAAAGCGUCGCGCUGGUAGUAUUGGAUCCGAUGACGACGACGCAAGUGGUGGAAAAUACACAAGGAUGGAGGAGGAUAAUAUUCAAGACAAAGAGAGAUUCGCAAGUCGCGAAAACCAUUGUGAGAUUGAACGCCGUAGAAGAAACAAGAUGACAGCUUACAUUACGGAACUGUCUGAUAUGGUUCCAACAUGCUCCGCUCUAGCACGGAAGCCCGACAAGCUAACCAUACUGCGUAUGGCAGUAGCACAUAUGAAAGCUUUAAGAGGUACUGGAAAUACUUCUACAGACGGUACAUAUAAACCAUCAUUUUUGACUGAUCAAGAGCUAAAACAUUUAAUUCUUGAAGCCGCUGACGGCUUUUUAUUUGUUGUAUCAUGUGAUACAGGCCGUAUUAUAUACGUUAGUGAUAGUAUAGCUCCUGUGCUUAAUUAUUCCCAGGGUGAAUGGUACUCCUCAUGUUUGUAUGAUCAAGUGCAUCCAGAUGAUGUCGAAAAGGUACGAGAACAAUUGAGCACUCAGGAACCCCAAAAUACCGGGCGUAUAUUAGAUCUUAAAACUGGAACUGUGAAGAAAGAAGGGCAUCAAUCGUCCAUGCGUCAAGUGAUGGGCUCGCGGCGCGGCUUCAUCUGCCGCAUGCGCGUGGGCGGCGCGGCGGAGAGCGCGCACCUGGGCCGCCUGCGGGCGCGCAACUCGCUCGGCCCGUCGCACGACGGACACAACUACGCGGUCGUGCACUGCACCGGGUACAUUAAGAACUGGCCGCCGACAGAUCUGUUUCCAGGUAUGCAGAUGGAUCGCCCCGUUGAAGAUGAACUUCACGCGUCUCAUUGUUGUCUAGUGGCUAUUGGAAGAUUGCAGGUGACGUCUACGCCGAACGCGUCGGAGAGCAGCCUGUGCAGCGGCGGCGUGGAGUUCGUGUCGCGGCACUCGGUGGACGGGCGCUUCACGUUCGCGGACCAGCGCGCCGCGCAGGUGGUCGGCUACGCGCCCGCCGACCUGCUCGGCAAGCUCUGCUACGAGUUCUACCACCCGGAGGACCAGCAGCACAUGAGGGAUAACUUCGACCAAGUUUUAAAAUUAAAAGGACAAAUAAUCUCACUGAUGUAUCGGUUUCGGACAAAGAGCAGAGAAUGGGUCUGGCUGAGAACAUCUGCAUUUGCAUUCUUGAAUCCAUAUAAUGAUGACGUUGAGUACAUUGUGUGUACAAACACUUUGGCAAACCGCUCGCUGGGCAGCACGACGGGCGAGAGCGUGUCGGAGGAGAGCUACGACUACCACCUGCGGCAGCGCGACGUGUACCAGGCGCCGCCGCCCGCCAUGCACCAGCAGCACCAUGCGCCCACAGGUCUUCAUACAGCGUUCGAAAAUACAGGUGGUGCGGGCGUUGGCACGCGGUCGCCGGUGGAGGGCGUGGGCGGUGCUGCCAACGCGGCGGCCGGCGCCACGUACGCGGCGCACUACGCGCCCGAGUACUCGCCGCACAGACCCGCCAACACGCCGCCUCAUACCACGUGGACCACGCUCCGACCGAGCGGCAGCGCGGGCGCAGGCGCGGGCGCGGGCCCGGCGGAGGGGUACGCGUACGGCGGCGAGGCGGCGGGCGCGGCGGCCGCCAGCCCCGCGCGCUCGCCGCCCGCGCCGCCCUACCUGCCGCCCGCGCACUACCACCACAACCACCACCAUCCCACGCACGCAGGUAUGUGGGCGUGGCAAGGCGGCGCGGCGGGUGCGGGCGCGGGCGCGGCGGGCCCGGCGGCGGAGGGCGCGCACGCACCGCACGAGCUCUCCGAGAUGCUGCAGAUCCUCGACCAGAGCGGAUCCGCUACCUUCGAGGACCUCAACAUCAACAUGUUCAACUCCAACUUCGAAUAACGCCCGCCCGACGCGACCGCCACUAACACCGCAUCUUACGACUGCUAAUCUGUAAAAGUGCGCGAAUUGCUACAGAGGAAAUAUCACGUCAAGUGGUAGUUCAAUGCAAAUUAGCUCUGAAUUACAAACAGUUAACUGAAGAAGAGACGGAGGAACGGAAUCUUAUCGUAUGCAGUGUCGUUUCACUGUGUGGUCGUGGUGGUCUGUGCAGAGAUCAACCUGUAUACAAUGUAUAGCUCGGUUAAGCUAAUUAUAAAUACCUUUUGGUUUUAGUGCAACGAAAUUACAGCAAUCUAUUUUAAUCAAUUGAAUAUAUUUAUAUUGUAAUGAUAAUUAUAUUCUUUUGUGAAUGUUUUAUUUUAAUUUUUAUUUUAUAACCAUUAUAGUGAGUAACGAUACAGUGUUUUUAUACUAUCAAAAGUUAUAAACAAAACUUUAUUUUAUGCAGACAAUGAAAUAAUAAUUAUGCGGUGACCAAAUUUUUAUGGUAACCUAAUUUUAAAUAAAGUAAUUCUUAUGUAUUUUAAAAUAAUAUAAGGUUUGUAAUUAUCUGUAAAGAUAUACGAAAUGUUUGAAAUUAGUACCACAAGAUUUGUGAAUUGUGCGUGCAAGAGUAUGGAGUACAACACAUACUUUUGAUCUUGAACAAUAAGUACAAUUAAAUACUUUGUAUACAGAUAUUGCGAGCGUAUCUAUCUCAUUAGAAUUAUAGUUUUCAUCACCUCACUUAUUACUAAAUGUAUUACCUGUCUCUAUAGAAAGUACUCAUUUACUUGGCAUACGAUCACUAAAGAUCAUCGCCAAAGUCUUUUGACUCGUGUGUAAUAUGCGUCUCGGAAUAUCAACUGUAUAUAAACUAUUUUUCUAGUAUUUUCAUUCACCAAAACUUAGGUAUUAUAACUUAAAUUUGUUAGUAACAACCAUGUAUUUUAAUAUUAUUUGCAUUCCAAUUUCCAGGUAGUGACGUGUGAUGAUAUUGUUAUAUUUGCUAAAUAUGUAAAAUAAACCAUAAUUACAAACCCGCUAACAUUGCUGUAAGUGCAUUUGUUAAUGAAGGUUAACAACUUAAAAUUCAUAUUGGUUUAAUUUUAGUGAGUACUUACAGUGCUCCAUUAAAUGUUUAUAUAACAGUGGCAAGAUAAGAUUUCUAAUAUUAUAGUCCUACCUGUUUAAGGUUUAAAAUGGACCUUGCUGUUUGACCCUUGGUGUAAUGCUAGGAUUUAUAUUUUAUUUUACUUAAAUAAAAUGAAUAGUACAGUAUUUUUAGGUUAUCUUAUUUUUAUUAUAUUUGUAAACAUAGGUUUUAUAAGUGUUACUGGCCUUUAAUUAAAAAGUUAUGAAUUCA